AAAGUAAACCAUCAUCCCUGCCAUAUGAAAUAUGUCCUAGUCUAUCAGUAAUAUUCACAAUUGGCACGGAGAGAAAAAGAAGGAACGCUAACAUGACAAUUAUUCACAAACCGGUCCCUGAGUUCUAAAGAUAAUCGUUGUUGUACGGGUGUUUGGUUAAUCCAGUUGUGUGUGUAUUCACUUGUCGUAGCCUCUCUAACUUGGCCAUAUUUUUCGUGACUAAAGCACAUGUUGCACAAUUUCGUCAUGGUUGCCGCAGUGAAGAAUUCGAUACCUUAAACGUGGUAUGAGACUUCUUUAAUGAUUACGAAAGUGUUGCGGAAGUUUGUACAGAUUCACCUUUAAGACCUCUGUAUUUUUGUGGUGGCUUAUCGUUUGUACAGGUUUGUAUACAAAUCAAACAAUGCCGACCGGUGUCACGGAGACAAUGGUUCGCAACGGGAAUGAUCACAGCCAGCACACGGAAGUGAUCGUGAAAAACGGGCAUUAUGCGGGGAAGAAGCUUUUCGCAUCUCCUACGAUGUCAGACCGGACUGGGAUGGCGCCAAUCAGUGUUCCGGAAGGACCGCCUGAUGUCAAAGGAGGAUCGACGGAAGGGAAUGCCAGUUUUCUUCGGGCAGCCCGUGCCGGCAAUAUCGAGAAGGUGCAGGAAUAUCUACGGCAGGGUACCGACAUCAACACCGCCAACGCAAAUGGUCUCAAUGCGCUCCAUCUUGCAUCAAAAGAAGGCCAUGUCGAGCUUGUCAGACUCCUGCUGAAGCACGGUGCCUCCGUUGAUGCAGCCACUAAAAAGGGGAAUACCGCGCUGCAUAUUGCAUGCUUGGCUGGACAAUACGAGAUCGUUCGUAUUCUGAUCGAACAUGGUGCCGCCGUCAACGUGCAAUCGCAGAACGGUUUUACACCUCUUUAUAUGGCCGCACAGGAGAACCACUUCGAUAUUGUUAAACACCUGCUCGAGAACAACGCCAACCAGAGUCUGGCCACCGAAGACGGCUUUACACCCUUGGCAGUGGCCCUCCAACAAGGCCAUGAUAAGGUGGUUAGCAUCCUCUUGGAAAACGAUACACGCAGCAAGGUCCGCUUGCCAGCACUCCAUAUCGCCGCCAAGAAGGAUGACGUGAAAGCCGCUACACUACUCUUAGACGCCGAUCCCAACGCCGAUGUCACAUCAAAGAGCGGAUUCACUCCUCUGCACAUCGCCGCUCACUACGGGAAUGCAAACAUUGCUAAUUUGCUACUGGAUAAAAAAGCCGAUGUGAAUUACGCGGCUAGUAAACACAUGAUUACGCCGUUGCAUGUGGCUGCCAAAUGGGGACGACCAGCCAUGGUGCAGCUGCUGCUGGAUCGCGGAGCGCAAAUUGAUGCAAAAACCAGAGACGGAUUGACGCCCCUGCACUGCGGUGCACGCAGCGGUCAUGAUCGUGUAGUGGAUAUUCUCCUACAGAAAGGAUCACCCAAUAAUCCCAAAACCAAGAAUGGACUGGCUCCACUGCACAUGGCCGCCCAGGGCGACCACGUGGACAGCGCCCGCGCCCUGUUAUACUACAAAGCCCCGGUGGACGAUGUCACUGUGGAUUACUUAACACCACUUCAUGUCGCAGCUCACUGUGGGCAUGUGCGCGUGGCCAAACUUCUCCUUGAUCGCCGCGCUGACCCCAACGCACGCGCACUCAACGGCUUCACCCCGCUGCACAUCGCCUGCAAGAAGAACCGUAUUAAAGUCGUGGAACUGCUCCUCAAGCACAACGCCUCCAUUGAGUACACCACCGAGUCGGGAUUAACGCCGCUGCACGUGGCCAGCUUUAUGGGCUGUAUGAACAUUGUGCUGUAUCUGAUCCAGCACGGCAGUAAUCCCGAUGUGACCACCGUACGCGGUGAGACGCCGCUGCAUCUGGCCGUGCGAUCCAAUCAGACCGAUAUUAUCCGCAUUCUACUGCGUAAUGGAGCGAAAGUGGACGCACGGGCCCGGGAAAAUCAAACACCCCUGCACAUCGCUGUCCGGCUGGGCCACAUGGACAACAUGGCCCUGCUGCUGCAGCACGGCGCCGUGGUGGACACCCAGACCAAGGAUCUGUACACGCCCCUGCACAUUGCCGCUAAGGAAGGUCAGGAGGAGUGCGCGGCGGCGCUCAUCGAGCAGGGUGCCAACAUCAAUGCCGUGACACGCAAGGGGUUCACGCCUUUACAUCUGGCAGCCAAAUACGGGCAUAUUGGCGUGGUACGUCUCCUCCUGGACAAAGGGUCACCGGUGGAUUCGCCUGGGAAGAACGGUGUUACGCCGCUGCAUGUGGCUGCUCACUAUGAUAACGUACAAGUGGCGCAUCUGCUGCUGCAACGUGGAGCAUCGCCGUUGGCGACGGCCAAGAAUGGAUAUACACCACUGCAUAUCUCGGCGAAAAAGAAUCAACUGGACAUUGCCCACAAUCUGCUGAAAUUCAAAUCGGAUCCCAAUGCGGAAUCGAAGGCUGGCUUUACACCGGUUCAUCUGGCCGCCCAGGAAGGUCAUGCUGAAAUGCUACAGCUGUUGUUGGCCAACGGUGGCGCUGUCAACCAACGUGCUAAGAAUGGCCUCACACCGAUGCAUUUGGCGGCCCAGGAAGACCACGUCCCCGUGGCGGAAGUGCUGGUCCAGCACGGCGCAGAGAUUAAUCCCGAAACAAAGGCCGGAUACACUCCACUCCAUGUGGCCAGCCAUUUUGGUCAACUGAAUAUGGUGCGCUACCUGCUGGACCAAGGUGCUGACGUUAACGUAAAAACAUCGUACGGCUAUACACCGCUCCAUCAAGCCGCACAACAAGGACACACCCAGGUCAUCAAUGUGCUGCUUCAGCACCAAGCACAGCCCAAUGAAAUCAACAACCAAGGACAAACUGCGUUAUCUAUCGCUGAGAAGCUUGGCUAUGUGUCGGUAGUGGAGACGCUGAAAGUCGUCACGGAGACCAUUGUCACCACAACCACCACCACGGUAACGGAGGAGAAGUUUAAGGUGUUGGCCCCGGAGACCAUGCAGGAGGCGUUUAUUAGUGAUAGUGAGGAUGAAGCAGACCGCCAUCUGGAUGAAGAGGAAGAGACCAUCGAGCGGCACGGUGAUGCGUCCGUGUCACCGCCCCGCAGUCGCAGUUCAUCACGGCACCGGUCACGGCCACCGCCCACCACUGUUCAUGUGGAAGAGCAUGUAUACGUGCGCGAUGUGCCCAGUGAUGACGACGACACUGAGCGUGCGACACGCCGCCGCGUCCAUGAAACAACCGAAAAUCUCCCACCGUCGACGUCAGUGCGCGAGACACGCCGUGAUAAAAAGGUCACCAAGGAUAUCAAGCGGUCAAGAAGUCCGGAUUAUCAUAAGGAAUUUUUGUACGAAGGCUCCGGGUUUACCGGCCACAGCGAUGAACAGUACAUGGAAACCGUUAUUCGGCAUGAGGGAUUACGCGAGCGUCCCAAUAGUGAUUAUCGGCAGUACGAGACAACCGUUACCGAGACUGAGCACAUAACGUCGUCGGCCAUUCCCCGCGCCCACGUCCCGGAUGUGGUGGUGCUGAACGAGCGGCAUGAGACCCGGGCGGCGUCCGUAUCGCCCACGCACAUUCCGUUACGCGUUGAUUCUCCCGGUGAAAUUGUCGUGGAAUACGAUCGGAAUGUGCCGCAAGGGGAUAUUGUUGAACGGUAUAAACUGGUCAGCCCGCCGCCCAUCGAAGAACCGGUAGAAAAGCACAAAAAACGCAAGUGGUUCUCAUUCGGUAGCGGUGAUAAAGACAAACCGGCUUCGGAAAAGAAAGACAAAAAGAAGAACAAGAAAGAUAAAGAAGCGGAAAAACUGGAAGAAAAAUCCAAGACACUGGAACGGAAUGUGCGGUAUGAGCAGCCGAAUCGUGAGGAAGAAGUACUGCGACAAGCGGCUUUCGACCGGGAAGGGACACCACGCAACCGGACCAGAGAGAUCUUGGACGAAGCCAUUCAGGAGGCGACACUGGAGGCCGAUCGACGAGGCCGGGGCAUGUCAACGCCGAAGCCGCAUGAUGACACCAUUGUCCAUGUCUCCGAAAGUUCCGCACAUCGAAUGGUUCCGGAUGCGUCUGGGAGACCACUCCCGGGACAGCAGACGGUGGAGGUUAUCCGGGAAGGAGUUCACUCGACCCAAGUCAGGGAUGAUAACCUCCCGACUGACCGCGACGAACAUUUCAUUGAGAAAUCGGCAACUUGGCUGCAUGCACACCGCAAUAAAAAACCGGAAGAUGUGGAACAUCUGGAAGAAUCUCAUGUUCGCACGGAAUCACCGGCUCCGGUGCGUGGUGGGGAUGGCGACAAUUUCAAUGAACGACCCGAGACAUGGCUGCAUGCACAUCGCGCUAAAAAACCGGAGGAAGUCGAGCGCCUGGAAGAAAAUCGCAUACGCACCGAGUCGCCGCAACCGGAAAUUAUCGAACUCCCAAAGAGAGCAAAAAGCCCAAGAAAGGAUAAGUCCAAAGAAAGACCGCCCAAGGGUGUUCAAGUAACCACGGAGGUUGGCGCCGAGUCACUGGCCGAGACCAGUGGUGUACGCGUGACAAAGUCUCCGCAAGUCGGCACCACCACGGGAGAGCAUUUGGUGGAAACGACGGAGACCAUCGAAGGGCGGCCGACCAGGAUAACUAAACACUGGUCGGGACACAAGGAAAUUCUGGAAAAUUUUGACAAAGAUAGUGAAGGGCGUAGCUCGCGUGAUGUGACAGUGGCGCGACCGAUGCAUAUACGCGAGCAUGAUCACAGUGUGGAACGGUUACAAGAGGAUGUGUACGAGACCACCAUCGAUGACGGCAACACCAGCAAAAAAUCCAAAACCAAAUCCAAGUCCAAGGAAAAAACUUCCAAAGUAAAGGGUGACUCCAAAGUCUCACUGAGUCAGAGUACGAAAGGCGGUCAUGUCUACCACUAUUGCUGGUGGAAAGCGGUCACCGCGAUUCCCGUGACAAACGCCCGCAUGGACCGUACGAGGGGACAGAGCGCGAAUACAUGGAUGAAUCGGUCGUAUCUUCAGGAACACCAAAAAACAGUGGGCGACCGACCGCGUGCGCCUUACGACGGCGCUGAGCGGGAAUAUGUGGAUGAAUCGGUCACGUCGUCAAGUACUCCGAAAAAAAUCCGCGAACGCCCGCUGCACGAACCGUACGACGGUGCCGAGCGUGAAUAUGUGGGCGAAACGGUCGUGACCUCGGGUUCGCCGAAAAGGAUACGUGAACGACCGCACGGACCCCAUGAUGGCGCGGAACGUGAAUACGUCGACGAAGCGGUCACGUCUUCGGGUACACCGAAAAAAGUCCGCGAGCGACCGUUGGGUGCGUAUGAUAAUGCCGGUCGGGAGAUUCUCGAUGAAGCGGUUUUGGUCACCACCGGUCCCGGUGCCACGAAGCCUCCGAAACCCAAAGAUAGAACGAUUGAAUCGCUUCGUGAGGCAACCCACGAUUCGUCUGGGGAGAAUACACCGCGCAAGCAGAAGAAACAGCUCUGGUUUGCUGGCGACACGCGCCGCUCAGCAUCGACGUCUUCCACGUCAUCAUCAUCCAGCGAAUCAUCCACUUCCAGCUCAUCGGAGUCCGAAGUGUUGGAUGCAGAUGGUAAAUUGAAACGCAAAUCACCAUCACGGUCGCCGGUUAAGAAAAUCAGGAAGCCGAAGAAGGAGAAAAUUGCAUACGAAGCCGUUCCAACGGACGAGCAGUUGGUGGAAGGAGUGGUUGUCACAAAGUCGGAAAAGGUCAAAAAGCCAAAAGACAAAAGUCAUAAAAAGACAAAAGCCACAAGAAAGACAAACAUAAGCAUGGCGUUAUCAAAACGACGCCGUUCGACGAUGAAGGUCGCGAAAUCUAGAAGAAAGCACUAUGGUCAGAACGUACGAAGAACCUUCGCUAGAACGCGACAGAGGAGGCCGAGGGUGUAUGAAAACGGCGGUUCGGCUCGUGAGAGGCUACAUGAAAUGGCUCUAAGUGGUCGCCAACCGGUAACGGAAACGUACGUAAGGUCAGCGGAAGGCAGACUGGAUAGUGAAACAAUGGAGUAUUCCACAUCGUAUAAAAACGGUCAUCCCGAGCGGCCGCUCGCAACUCCCACAUCUAUCACAUUACACGAAAAAUCAUUUACACAUGAACACGACGAACCGACUCGCGACAAAGUUACAAAGACUCCAAAAGAACUGGAAGAAGACGAGAAAGCCCGAAAAAAGAACGAAAAAGAACGCAAAAAACGCGAACGUAAGGAACAGCAAGAACGCGAGCGGCUGGAGAAAGAGCAGCGUAGUGCUGCCAAGAAACGUGAAAAGCUGGAGAAGGAAGAACGGGAGCGACUGGAAAAAGAGGAAAAGAAGCGAAACAAGGAGAAAGCGAAGAACGCUAAGGCUGGAAAGGAUAAGGUGGAAGUGGUGAUUGCUGAAGGGGUGACACAGCGCGAGCUCGAUGAGCGACAAGAUGACAAGUCACCCAAGCCACUGGGCCAUAUUAAUCUGGCUGAGCGCGUCGACCACAUUCGUUCCGCCGAUUCCAGCACCGAGAGCUCACGGGCUCCGUCACGCAGUCAGUCGUCGCAACCGUUUUCCCCAGUUUCCAAGACCACGCCUACUUUGAUUCGGGAUGAUGAAACACUGCGUCGCAGUCAGACACCGACACUUCUGCGAGCCCAGCAUGAAGCUUCAGUGGAAAGGUCACCAUCCGGUGUCAGUCGUUCCAAGUCGCCCGGUAAAGCCGUUGUGGAGCUACGUGAAAGAGUGACCAAAGGCGACACCGGCACACUGCCGCGUAAACCAGCGUCCGAGGAUGCCGUGCAGCUGUAUGAAACGCCAUGGUUGCCGUUGAACCGGGAUGAAGAUUAUCCCCCUGAGACAUUUGGACGCACUGACCGGAGCCAAGAACCAGCUGUUUCGCCACCGGACAUGACACUGAAUUACAUGCAGGAUGACCGCCAUUUUCAGCAGCAUCCCAUCGACACUACCGGCAACGUCUACAUAUCCGGCUAUUCCGAAGGAAAAAUGAGUCCCCAUGUGGAAGGUAAAAUCAGUCCCCAUGAAACCACCCCCACCCGCGUCAUCGAUGCGACCCACGUUAUCGAUGGUUCCCGCGUCACCGAUGGCAUUCGUGUCCACGAGGGAACCCGCGUCGAGAGCACGCGUGUCCCGGAAAUGCCGACACGCGUAGAAAUAUCCGAACAUGUGCGCCGGGAAGAAGUCUAUCCGGAGCCGGGACCGAAAAAGCCGGGACAUCUACCGCAGCGCGGAGAGACCUAUGAACAAAUCAUGCGCGAUGUCGAACGCCGCAAACACGAGCCAGGCUACCAGUCCGCCGUUCACGGUUACGAACCGGAAGUGCGCGAAGAUCUUCAUGAACUGGAGGGCACCUUUGUGCCCGACAAUGUCGACCUGAUUCGCGGCCAAGCCCCCAUCCACGGCGGCUUUUUGGUGAGUUUCCUGGUGGAUGCCCGCGGUGGUGCCAUGCGCGGAUGCCGGCACUCGGGAAUUCGCGUCAUCAUUCCGCCGCGGAAAGCGCCAUGCCCCAUGCGCAUCACCUGCAAAUAUCUGACCAAAGACAAAGUGGCCAAUCCACCGCCGCUGAUGGAAGGUGAAGGACUGGCCUGCCGAAUUCUGGAGAUGGGCCCGUCGUCAGCGAAAUUUUUGGGACCCGUGAUUGUCGAAAUUCCACAUUUUGCAUCGCUUCGAGAUGGAGAACGCGAAAUCACCAUAUUACGAAGUGAGAACGGACAAACCUGGCGCGAGCAUACGCUGGAAGCUACCGAGGAAGCGGUGCAGAAAGUUCUCAAUGAAAGCUUUGACCCGAAUGAACUGAGCGCAAUAGAAGACCUGCAGACCAACCGCAUCGUGCGCAUUCUCACAACGGACUUCCCGUUAUAUUUCGCAAUCAUUUCCCGCAUCAAACAGGAAGUCCACGCUGUCGGUCCCGAUGGUGGGGUUAUCGUAUCCACCGUCGAAAACAAAGUGCAGGCGCUCUUCCCGGAAGGUGCUUUAACAAAGAAGAUUAAAGUCGGAGUGCAGGCUCAUGUCGUCCCGCAAGACUUAGUAUCGCGAUUACUGGGCAACCGCAUCGCCGUCAGCCCGAUCGUCACGGUCGAGCCACGCCGUCGUAAAUUCCACAAGCCGAUAACGCUUACAAUCCCCCUUCCUCGUGCUGCUGGAAAGGGCAUGGUGAACCAGUAUACCAGUGAUUCGCCCAAUCUGCGGCUCCUGUGUAGCAUUACAGGUGGCACCAAUCCAGCACAAUGGGAAGACAUUACCGGCUCGACGCCCUUGGUGAUCGUUAACGACUGCAUCCAAUUCACCACGACCGUCUCAGCGCGGUUCUGGCUGAUGGACUGCGGGCAUAACAUCAAUGAGGCGGUGAAACUCGGCCACACCAUCUACGCCGAUGGUUGCGUGGUGCCCUUCAUGGCCAAAUUCGUCGUGUACGCACGGCGCUUUGACAACGAAGAAGCCCGGUUGCGGGUCUUUUGCAUGACCGACGACAAGGAGGACAAGACCCUGGAGCACCAGGAACGAUUUGUGGAAGUGGCCAAGAGUCGUGACGUGGAAGUACUGGAGGGGAAGAAUCUCUACAUCGAAAUGGCCGGCAAUCUCAUCCCAGUGACCAAAUCGGGCGAACAGCUGCAUUUACGCUUCUAUCCUUUCCAAGAGAACCGUCUGCCCUUCUUGGUAAAGGUCAAGGAUCCCAAUGAAGAUGCUCAAGGCCGACUUGCAUUUAUGAAGGAUUCCAAGUCCGGACGCAAUGAGAUGCCGCAGAUCCCCAUUUGCAACCUUAACGUCCGCCUGCCCGAUGAACUGAGCCCGAUGGAACCGACAUCAGCCAAAGACAUUGUCACCAUUGUCCGACGACCAGUCUACAUGAAAGAGAUCGGUAAAGCUGGAUCAGUGCACCGUGCUGAUCUCCGCUUACACGAUGUGGCUGAUCUCCUCGGCGACGACUGGCCGGCUCUGGCGCUGCAGCUGGGUUUCCGUGAUCCGGAAAUCCAGGCGAUUAAGAACGAGGAGCCAAAAGUCCAGAAGCAGGCGCUGAUUAUGCUACGCCGCUGGGUGGAACGACGCGAUCAGUCGCGACAAGCCGGAAGCGAUCUCGAACAAGGGCUCAAGCGCAUCAAUCGGGAUGACAUUGUUAACAAGAGCAUGUUCAAUGUCAAACUCUUGACGGACGAUGUGGACCGCAGCAUGCAAAGAUUCAGUGUGGACCGAGACCAAAUUGGGUUCGAUGCUUUGCAUGAGGAACUGGGACCGAGUCAUGAAGGAACACUCGACCGGACGUUUGUGCGGGAUUAUGCACCGGGUUACCCGCCCAAGAAAGCGGAAUCCGAAUCGGCAAGCGAGACAACAUCUCUGCAUGAGGAAGUGGUAGGAGCACCAUGUGGGCCACAAGGAGGAGCUGGUGGACAAACUAGGCACUCGACUGCGCGAACUGGACGAACGGCAUCCGGCCGAAACGAAAACCUAUGUUCGAAGUGCGGAAGAAGUGCCGGUUCGCGAAGAACUUGUCGAGUCCGUCCGCACCACGGACGGCCACCAGUUACCAACGGAGAACGUUCGGGUCACCCACAAAGAAGUAUCGGAGACCCGACACGUUGGACCCGGUUUCUUGAACAAAGCUGCUAUUCUUUGAGCCAAAUGCGCCGUGAACCCGAGCAGGAAGUUCUGCAUGAGACCACCCGUGUGCGGGAAGCACCACCCAGCCCGCCCCGUCGCCAGGUCAGCCAGCCGACCGAGGAAGUCCUCCACGAAAGCACCCGCGUCCGUGAAGCUCCACCCAGUCCCCCCAGCCGCCGAGACGUGUCACAGCCCACACAGGAGGUCCUUCACGAAACCACCCAGGUCCGUGAAGCACCGCCCAGCCCGCCGGCACGCAAGCAGCCACCCAGUCCUCCUCGACGCAUGGAACCGCCUGUGCCACCUACCCGCAAGGAACCUCCCAGUCCACCGGAACGCCACGAACCGACACCCACGGUGGUGCAUACGGAAGAGCGGGUGAUUGGCACAACCGAGCCUGUAACGCGUGUGCACGAAACAGUUACCAAGACGGUGCGACACGUUGGCCCCGGAUUCCUGAACAAAGCGGCGGAUUCUAUCGAGCAGAUGCGCGGUGAGGAGUUGGAGCACGAGCGACCGCAGCUCUCCAAUGAGCCGGUGGGCGAUGAUGACGCUCAGAAGACCAGCUCGCAGCAGAGCUAUGAAACGGUGGAAAGCGAGUAUGAUGAUGACGGCAACCUAGUUACCAAGAAGACCGUGACCACCGUCAAGACAUCACGUACUACACGGACAAUUAUUGGCGAUCAAGAUGAGAUAGUGAAAAAGGCCACCGAGGGUGAAUUUAUGCGCAAUGUUCCUGGACGUCGUGCAUCGCAAGAAGGAGAAAAUCUGCAAGAAACAGUCACCCGUGUUUCAACAGAUACCAGUGGUCCAGAGAUUACCGACGUCACGGAGACAUUUGUGAAGGAAGCCGAAGAGCCACAUACCCGAGGCAUUGUAGCCGUAAGUGAAACGGACUACGGCCGGCAUCUCGACAGCGUCCUGGUGGCACCGCAUCCAUCUCCCGCGAUCACCCCAUCCGCCUCCCAGACCCCUCUGGAUGUGACUUCAUCGAUAUUGUACGAAGUUAAUCAAAGCACUAGCUUAGCCGACCGCGAGCGCAUUGAAUCUCUGCCGACGGCGCCCCCUCGGCGACCAAAAGGUCAACGUAACGCCUUUGAAGAUCUAGAACGAGUACGCCUGGAAAGCUCCUCCUCAUCCGUUGUGAGUCAUAUCAGCCGCAAGGUCGAAUCCGAUGCGGAGUCAGCGAAAACCUUUGACGACAAUAUGUCAUACGCGACAGCACGGGAAAGCCUCAGCGAAUCAUCGCUGUACUAUACGGCACGGGAGUCGAUUAGCGGUGACAGUGUCUCUACCUUGAUUUCUGAUCAAGAGCUCAAACAGCUGGAGAGCGACGCCGAAUCGGUGUUUUCCGCGAUGACCGACCGGGAAUAUUCCGAGCCGCCAGAAAGCCAUGUGUAUCAUGCGGAACGGGAAAGCACGCCAACGAAUAUUUCCGCUUCCCUCGAGCGCCUCAAUCAGACGGUUGCAUACGUUAGCCCAAGCAGUCCAACGCGAAGUAUAAUUCAGGAAACAAUGAGUCUCUUUCCGGAAGAAGAACCGACCAGUCCGCCGAAAAGCCCUAUCAACCCGUUUUAUGCCGAUGACACCGAUUUUCCUAAACGCGCCGGAAGUGUGGUGUAUCGCAGUACCGCGGAACGACAGGAAGAAACUGCAACUACUGUGGAAGAAACCAAGGAGCGGAUCAGCCCAUAUGCGGCAGUACGACGUGCAUCGUUACAACAACAGACCACGUCGAAUAUCGAACACGGUCAAGAAGUCAAGCAACAAACCGUUACCACCACGUUUGUCACCGAAAUCAAACCAACUAUUCCCAGUUCUCCCGUCCCGACGCCGUCAAGCGAAACACUCCGCAAUGAACGGGAAACGAUAGAAGUGACAAUACAGCCGCGUGAAGAGCACACGUUUGUUUCUGCUGUACAAACUCCGCGUACAUUCAACGUGGAUGUGCUGCGAGAGAGUGUCUCCGUGAGCCCGACGCGAAAGGAAUUCGCGCAGACUUUGCCGGAUGUUCCUCCGGGUGGUUUGUCCAUCCACCCGGAUAUCUCAACAUAUAGCGAGACAAUUGAAUCCACCAUGCAAGACAUGAUACGCAAUCUGCAGACCAUACGAGGCGAAGCCGGAUUGAGUGAGUUACCGCCGCGAGUGUCCUCCCCAACGGAAGUGCGCUUUCGCAUGUCCAACAGUAAUCUGGAAGAUUUUUCAAUGUCCCAGCAAGUGGACCGGGCGACCGUCGAGCAACUGUUGGAUUAUUAUACGUCUCCGAAAACUACGCGGCGAAGCUCCAACCAGCGCUCACAUACCGAACAGACAACGGCAUCCGAAAUGAUCAUUCAUACGGACAUUGAGCAGACGGUGUCGUCAUCCAGUCCACCCGCCGAGUCCCCGUAUCCCGGGGAAUUUCUGCGCCGGUUUAUCGCCGAGCGCGACCGGGCGCGGCCGCACUGGAUGAAACGGCCGUUGGGCGUGGUCAUUAAUCCCGAUAGUCCGGAGUUUGUUAAGCAGAUGGCCGCGGUUAUCGAAGAAGAAAAUCGAGCGCAGCAAUCUCGAUUGGAAAGCACUUCCGAUUCGGAGUUCCUGUCGAGGAGAGCGCCAUUUUAUUCCGAUACAACGGCACAAGGAUCUUCAACUAUGCGCGAGACUUAUUCGUACCAGCAAAAGUAUUUUGGUGAUGAGAGCGGCGAAAUCCCACCAUUUCCCUAUCCAUCGGAUGAGUCAAUAACACCGGAAAUGUACCACUACGAAAGUCUUCCACAGUACCAGUACGAAUAUACCGGAGCCCAUGAGCUUAAAAAAUCGUAUAAAGACUUUGAAAGCGAGGCUUACGCUAGCGCCGGUACCACUGUCUUUACUGUCGAGGAGGAGAAAGUCACGGUGCAGACCCGCACUAUGGCUGAGGGCGAGAAUGUGUCCCAGCAUAUUUCUGCUACUUCCACAUCCGGUCUUGAAAGCGCACAAGAGAGGCUUUUUGAGCAGACGUUUGUGCGUGACCUUUCCGAAGGAAGUGGUCUUCCUGCAGUGCAGUCAGCUUUGGCGCAUAUCCAGGGAGAUACAGAUUUACUUGCUGACAGUAUUACUCACACUGCCGACGAACUCGUACAAGAAGCCGUCACUGCCGCUCUUGAUGAGUUAUCAGCUGCCGACACGACCGGAUCCCAGACAACCGUUAGAAACCUGUCUAGUGAGUAUUCUGGGUCAUCAGCAUCACAAGAAGAAGAAAUUAUCAAACAACAACGUCCGACUCAUUUGUUCGCAGCCGCACAGCAACCCCAUGUAACAUUUACCGGAACAAUACCAAUUAUAGAAACUCCAUCCUCCCAGCAUCCGCACUUUCCACGCACGCCCGAACACAUCCAUCGCAGCCCGUCACCGGUGGAAGUAACGGAGAUCACAGAAACAGUUGCCACUGAAAGCGGCGCCGCUACUCCGAUAGUUCAAGAGCCAGAAGAGCUACCUGGGCGGGAGCGUAGAGAAUCGGGUAGUUCAGUCAAAUCAGAACCUAUCGAGACACCCACGGUCGUCCGCACGGACGAUGACCGCGAACGCCUAACAGCCAGUGCCGCUGAUUCCGGUCUGACGGUGUCGGACAUCCGCACCGCGUCGACCAUCUCCGGGGGCUAUCUCCAAGAGAGCCUGCACGAAGUCGCUGAUACCUUCGAUGAGAAUCUUCCACCCACCCGCCGGGAACGCACCCCGAUCCGACACCGGAAUUACCAGAAGAACGCUUAUGGACACGCGCGGAUUUCCGCGCCCCGCCCUUCGGGAUGGGCAUGCGUCAGUAUUCUGAGAGCGAAUUCUCUGAGGCCGAACUGCGAGAGCUGGCCCGUCGGCCGUCCGAUGUCAGUGUGCAGGAUAUCUUCCGGCGACCGGAAAGCCCAGAGCCACCGGGUUCAUCGCCCGCCUCGGCGUCGGCGUCCAACCGCGACCAGGAAGAGGUGAUCAGUG